GAGUAGAAAGUAAGUGAAUGUUUCUUGGAUGGAGCCCAGAGCAUGUGAUAAUCAGAUUACCGAAGUGUGCGUGCAUGGGUCAAGAGGGGGAAGUGAAUGAAGUAGCAGGAAGAAAUAUGCAAGAAGAAUUUCUUAGCCAGUGAGACGGAUAAAAUCUUUGCUUGCCGGGAGUUAAGUGAAUGACCAGCCAGGACGCUUAGAUUUUUGUGUGUCUAAAAGGCAAUGUCACUUUUUUCUAUAAGCAUAAUUUUGGGGAUGCUGCCCCUUGGGUCCAGCCAGUUCCCUCGGGCGUGUGCUAACUCGGACAACUUGCUGAGGAAGGAGUGUUGUCCAACGUGGCCCGGAGAUGGUACUCCUUGUGGAGAGCUUUCAGGCAGGGGUUCUUGUAGAGGGAGUCUUCUUUCGGUUGCUCCUCUUGGUCCUCAGUUCCCGUUCACUGGGGUGGAUGACCGAGAGGACUGGCCAGCGGUGUUUUACAAUAGGACUUGCAGGUGCUCAAGCAACUUUAUGGGAUACAACUGUGGCGAUUGCAGAUUCAGCUUUGGAGGACCCAACUGCACGGAAAGAAAACUGCAGGUCAGGAAAGACAUCUUCAAGCUCAAUGCCGGAGAGAACUACCAGUUCCUUGCCUAUCUCAAUUUGGCGAAAUAUACCACCAGCCGGGAUUUCGUCAUUGCCACUGGCACAUAUGCCCAAAUGAACAACGGCACCACACCAAUGUUCCGAGACAUCAGCGUCUAUGACCUUUUUGUCUGGAUGCACUAUUAUGCGUCUCGAGACACGCUCCUCGGAGGCGCCAACAUCUGGAGGGAUAUUGACUUUGCACACGAAGCUCCGGGUUUCCUUCCUUGGCACCGGCUGUUUUUGCUUCUGUGGGAACGUGAGAUCCAGAAGAUUACUGGGAAUGAAGAUUUCACCAUACCUUACUGGGAUUGGAGAGAUGCUGAAAGCUGCGACAUCUGUACAGAUGAGUACAUGGGAAGCAGACAUCCCAGUCAACCAAACCUAUUGAACCCAGGGUCCUUCUUCUCUUCAUGGCAAGUCAUUUGCACCCAAUCGGAAGAAUACAACAGCCGCCAAUCACUUUGUAAUGGAACGAAUGAAGGGCCCCUCAUUCGAAAUCCUGGCAACCACGAUAAAAGGAGAACACCUCGGCUUCCAACUUCAGCUGAAGUUGAAUUCUGCUUAAGUCUGACGCAAUAUGAAACUGGGACGAUGGAUAAAAUGGCUAACUUCAGUUUCCGGAAUACUUUGGAAGGCUUUGCAAGCCCGAGUACUGGAAUAUCCAAUUUGUCACAGAGUAGUCUACACAAUGCGCUGCACAUUUACAUGAAUGGCUCCAUGUCUCAGGUCCAGGGUUCAGCCAAUGAUCCCAUCUUCAUCCUGCACCAUGCCUUUGUUGACAGCAUUUAUGAACAGUGGCUCCGGAGGCACAAACCUCUGCUUCAGGCCUACCCCGAAGCCAAUGCUCCUAUUGGACACAACCGGGGAUAUUUCAUGGUGCCGUUCAUUCCUCUCUAUAGGAACGGGGAAUUCUUCAUUUCAUCCAAAGAAUUGGGCUACGACUAUGAGUAUCUCGUGGAACCAGCCUCUCCUUUUCAGACUUUCCUCACCCCUUACUUGGAACAAGCUCGUCAGAUCUGGCCAUGGUUACUCGGAGCUGCUGUGAUUGGUGCCAUAAUAGCAAUGGCGAUCAAAGGACUCAUCACACUAGGGACUCGAAAGAAGAAAAGAAACUUGGAAGAGACCCAGCCUUUACUCAUGGAGGAUGAAAAUUAUCCACACCUUACAUAUCAGUCACACUUAUAAAUCCAUCCUGGCACUAACACCUAAAGCUAACUUUGUGAUGAUGAAGAAAAUCCAUGCUGGCAUGUCCCAAAAGUGCUCUUUUAAAAAAGGCAACUGGACUUUGUUUUUCCUUGAAGACUUUUCGCUUUUCAUUUGAGAAGCUUCUUCAAAGCUGACUGAAUGGUGGAGGAUGGAAGGAUUUAUAUCCCUUGCAGUCAUCUGGUUGUUAGUACUCCCUCUGAGAACCCUUGAUGCCGCUUGGAGGCUUAUCUGGGUCAUCUGAAUUGUGCAAACGCAUGUGGAACCUUCCUGGAGCUGCGGAAAGGACUGUGUUGCAAACAGGAGAUAGAGCAGGGGUCUCCAACCUUGGCAACUUUAAGAUUUGUGGACUUCAACACCCAGAAUUCCUCAGCCAGUUUUGCUAGCUGAGGAAUUCUGGGAGUUGAAGUCCACAAGUCUUAAAGUUGCCAAGGUUGGAGAGUCCUGCCCUAUACCAUUCCAAACAAAUGGCUGUCCAGUGUCUUCUUGAAAGCCUCCAGUGAGAGGGACCAAAAUACCUUAUGCCACCAGACUUGAAAUCCUGGGUUUAGAAAAUUUAGAAUUACGCCGCCUUCGACAUGACCUGAGUUUAACUCAUAGAAUCAUCUGUUACAAUGUUCUUCCUGUCGAAGACUACUUCAGCUUCAAUCGCAACAAUACAUGAGCACACAAUAUGUGAACCGCUCCAAUCUUGAUUGUAGAAAAUAUGAGUUCAGUAACAGAGUUGUUAAUACUUGGAACACACUGCCUGACUCUGUGGUCUCUUCCCAAACUCCCCAAAGCUUUAACCAAAGACUAUCUACUAUUGACCUCACCCCAUUCCUAAGAGGACUAUAAGGGGCGUGCAUAAGAGCACCAGCGCGCUUACUGUUGGAGACCCCUGAGAUAGAGGGUGUCAUAUCCUGUUUAAACACAGUCAGAAGGAGACAACACCAUUCAGUCAGAAUUGAAGAAGCUUCCUGGAUGAGAAGUGAAACAUCUUCAAGGAAAAAACAAAGUCCAGUUGCCGUUUGAAAAAGCAUCGUUGGGACCACCGUGACCUGGAGGACUGAGAAUCCCCAUAGGCAUCUGUGACAACUAUCCUUUGAGGAUUUCCAAACUUAUUGGGCAGUGUCCCUGUUUACACAACAUUUUCCUACUUCAUAGUCCUCCUCCUCUACAAAAUAGCUGUCAUUGUGUGUGAUUCUUGCAUCAAGCCUCACUGAUGGAUUUCAAAACAGGUCAAGAACUGUGAGAAACCCUUAUAAUCCCUACGGCGCUAUGGAUUGGAUCUCCUUCCUGAUGUCACUCCAUGUUAAAUGUUGAGAGAAGACCAGGCGAUCCCACGUCUGCUGGAUUCCCGUUGACCUUGACCUAUAAAUCCAAAAGUUAUUUUAAGGUGCUAAUUGAAAUUAAAAUCUCUGAAAACUGUCCAAUAAUCAUCCCAAA